CAUCAGCGAUUGCAAACAAAUAGUAUAUAGUAACGUUAAAAUCGGCGUAAUUUUUGAGAGAAAACUAUUAAACUAUUCGAUACAAUGCCCAUUUCGGCAUGUGUAUUUCCUUUUCGAAAACAGUUCAAUAUUCCUCAGUCAAUUAAUACAAUUAACGUGGUCCAACAUUAUGAUAUUGCUAUUUUUUGUAACCUCUGUCCGUGGCUGUAUCUGGCCCUUCUUGGACCGGAUGGGCAAGAUGCUGUAAUCACGAUUUAGAUACAUUUUACAAAUUUUAGGCAGCAUACUUUUAGCCGGCCAACGCUGGCAAGGAGGUCAACCUAGCUCCUUGGCGCGAAUUACCAGGUGUUAUCCCAUGAGACACCGAAGUGGCAAUCACCUGAAGAGAUGAAAUUGUAUUUUAUGGGUGUCAUUCCACAGACAACAGAAACUUGUCUUUGUUAUUAAGAUCGGUAUGAUUAAGUAGUUCUGGUAGGAUGAGAGCUCAGACAGUCAGUUUGAAGAUGUCACGGGAAGUAGACGAGUCCUAUCCGAGUCUUCAGGAGAGAGAUAAGACUCGUAGUCUUCAGGAGAGAGAGAAGACUCGGGCUACCAUGCGGCGUCUACAGCACAGGGUGGGUGACCUAGAGCAGCAGACACAAAGGAUCGACGACGAAGUCAGAUCCGAGCAGUGUCUACUCCUGUGUCAUUUUCGGAACCUCCGGAAAAACAUGGACAAGGUCAUUGACCUUUCAAGUAGACGACGAAGACGUCUCCGUCGAAAAGUCCGCAACAGAGCCAUGGGGAAGUCCUCAUCAAAGAAGCUAUCCGCUUCAACAGACGGUUCCUCAGAAGAGGAAGAGGGAAAGAAACUUCAGAAAGAUACUGAAAACGUCUCUUCACGGCGUAUAAAAGAGGACUGUGACCAAGGAGAUGCUGCAAAGGAAGACGCGUCGUCCGAGGGCAAAGUAAGACCCACACGAAGAAGAUUCUCACUCCCUUCUCCUAUAGAAGAGUCGCUACCUCAGCUGCAACACCAGAAAAAGUGUGCAAAAUCCUGCAAACUCGUGCAGAGACGCCGGUACAGUCUACCUGCCAUCCAACCUCACGACAACGAACGGCACGAACUUACAAAAAUCGUGGAAGAAGAGGAAGUGGUAGUAGAAACUAUCACAGCUCGCAGAAGAUUGUCGAUUCCAGUGGAGUCUUUGGAGCAACUGCACCUGCACAAAGACUGUCCAACGCCCAGCAAAGAUGUCCAUAGACGGAGGCACAGUCUUCCCGCCAUCCAACUUAACCAGGAACGAGAUGAACUUCAAACAGUCGCGGAAAGCGAUGAAGAUGUCGAGGACAAGCAAACUGCCCAGGUGCAGCCAGUGGAAACAAAGGAUGAAACCAUGAGAAAGGCGUCUGUACUUCUCCGUCAGAGACUCUUCCCCAGUAUAGUGACACCUGACCUUGAUGUAGACCAUUCUUCUAUACAACCGCCAGAGCAGAAGACACCGCUGCCGUCUGAACCAGAACGUGAUCUGGACACCGAUCUGGAAAAGAAACCGCCCUACAAGACAUUUCGGCACAGGGCAAGCGUCGUUUGUAUCGACGGGACGGCGGUGACGGGAAGCCACGCCGAGCACUUCCACAGAAGACAGUCGUUCCCAACAGUACUAUGUAAAACACGUCUAGAUCUAGAGCCAUGCACAAGCGACGUUAUGCCAUGGCUCAGCAUCGGUGCCAAGUCCAAGUCGAGAAUAUAUGCCAUUUCAGUCGACGGCGGAUAUAUCAUAAAAUGUGGUACAGAUCGAGAAGCAUCCUAA